GGGCCACGCCCUCAGCUGUGUGAGGUCUGACACUGCUCCUCUCACCUCUCUAGGGACCUGUGUUUUCCCACUUGCACAAGGCGAGUGGGUGCUCUCCAAAAGUACUUCUAGCUGUAACCCAGUUUCCUCUCUAGGAGCAGGCACUGCCAGUCUCCUGAGCCCCCAGGCCCUCUCUCCUGCUCCCUGGCAACCUCAGCCUCCUGGGAGCAUCGGAAUACCUUCCUUCCCCUCUGGGACGCACAGGGCAGGUGCAGCCUGUCCUCUCCUUCCCCUGACCAGCCCAGCAUCCACAGUCUACACAGAGCUCCCCUUGCUGCCCAGACAAGCUGAAGGACCACAGGAAAAGCCAUGGAGACUUCAGCAACCUCCUCCCAGCCUCAAGACAACAGUCAAGUCCACAGAGAAACAAAAGAUGUAGACUAUGGAGAGACAGAUUUCCACAAGCAAAAUGGGAAGGCUGGACUCUUUUCCCAAGAACAAUAUGAGAGAAACAAGUCGUCUUCCUCCUCCUCCUCCUCAUCCUCCUCAUCUUCUUCAUCCUCCUCCUCCUCCUCAGAGAGCAAUGAUGAGGACCAGCACCCCAGAGCAACCGGAAAACGUCGACUGAGCAUGGGGGCUGGAUACCCCCACGGGAACGGCUCACCCAGUCCUGGGCAUGGGGAGCCUGACGUUUUGAAGGAUGAGCUUCAACUCUAUGGAGAUGCUCCUGGAGAGGUGGUACCCUCUGGGGAAUCAGGACUCCGAAGGAGAGGCUCUGACCCAGCAAGUGGAGAAGUGGAGGCCUCUCAGUUAAGAAGACUGAAUAUAAAGAAAGAUGAUGAGUUUUUCCAUUUCGUCCUCCUGUGCUUUGCCAUCGGGGCCUUGCUGGUGUGUUAUCACUAUUACGCAGACUGGUUCAUGUCUCUUGGGGUCGGCCUGCUCACCUUCGCCUCCCUGGAAACCAUUGGCAUCUACUUCGGACUAGUGUACCGCAUCCACAGCGUCCUCCAAGGCUUCAUCCCCCUCUUCCAGAAGUUUAGGCGGACAGGGUUCAGGAAGACUGACUGAGGCCACUGCCAGGUGGGCAGCAGAAGCAGGCCCCGGUGUGACCACCACUGUGACCCCUGAGCCCACAAGGACAGAGCAGCAUUCUGAGAGACGCACAGGAGACCAAAUCAGACUAAUAAACAGAACACUUUUCCUUC